GUGAUAGAAACGCAAUCGAUUUAUUUACACAAUAUUUACUCUAAUAUGGGCUUAUUGGGACGCACCUUCAGCAAUUGUGUAAGGGGAGUAAGCCUUAAUCAGCUCAAUUGGAUAAUAUUUCUCGCUUCUUUCCUCUUAUUCCGUUUAACACAUGAUUGGCUUGAAACGUUUUGCGUUGUCAGUAUCCUGUUGUUUUUCGUGAUUGUCGUUUAUUGUGUUUUAAACUGUCGUAGAAAGUAUAUGUUCACAUCAAAAAUUGUGUUUUUGAUCAUUAUUGCGUUUAUGCUGGUAUGCGCGUGGGGUAGAGGCUUCUUACUCAGCGACACUCUAAGGCAUGUGUUCAAAAUCGUUUUUGAAAACAAAGAAGAGGCUUUUGCAAGCGAACUUAUAGAUUACUUGCAAAGAAAGUACUCUUGCUGUGGUUGGAACGGCCCGGAAGAUUAUUUAAAAGGGCAAAUUCCGGAAAGUUGUAUAAACCGUAAUCUUGGCCAUGGGGUUUAUCCUGCCGGUUGCAAAAGUAAAUUUCAUUUAUAAAUAUGUAUACUAUGUAUGCCAUAAAUCUAUUUUUUUUUACAAAACAUCGAAAAAAAAUCCAAAAAAAACAGAUUAGUUUAAAUUAAAGACAAUCAUAUUCAUCUAAAUCCCGCACGUAGGAGAUACUCUCCGCUGAAAAGUGAGAGAACAAUAAAGCCUAUUAUACGAUUUCGUUUCAUAAACAAGUUAUUGACUUCAUUGAAAACGUUGUUUAUUUAAUUGAUAAUGUUGUUGUAACGUUAAUAGAAAUAUUGAAAUGUAAGGGGCCCAAUAUUGUGUUCAUAUAAUUUGCAUGCAUUGAAGAUGGAAAGUAGGAGAGUAGCAGAGCUCACAUGAUGUUUUAUAUAUAACUCUUUUUUAUUUCGUAGAUAAUGUUGUAACAGGACUACAAAUUUCUGGCAAGAUUUUUGAUUUAAUUUUUCGCAACUCCGUUCUAAGAACAAAUGUAACUUGUACACUAAUUGUCGCAAAGUUAUGAAAUUUCGACACGUUGUCUUUAAAGAUUGGCACUGUCUAAGUAUGGCAUGGAUUCUUCAAUAGUCAUACCA